CGGGGGCAGAAGCGGAGGCGGGGGUCCAGGAUCGCGGGGCUUAGGCCGUCCCGGGCCGCUUACGCGCGGAACACGCGGUCCACCAAGCCGCUCCGCGCGGCAUUACGUCGCGCACCGUCGACCGCGACUGACGUACGCGAGAGAGGAUCGUCGACCGGCCGCUAACACCGCGACAAUCGCGAUCAUGACUCGGUCCGUUGCCGGAAGGAAAUGUCAGGAGGCGAUUAUGUAGGAAAAGUGCGACGUUUAUUCAAGUGUAACGCCGUGACGCUAUAUCGGAUUUGAAGAAUCGUCGCCUACGUCAUCCGUUAACGACUGCAACCUGUAGGAAUAGAAAUUGCGACAGAUGAUUUAGCUAGUGCCGCUGACGACAGUGUUUUUAAAGAGACAUAGAGAGCUAAAGAGAAAGAGAAAUUCUUAUGUGGCAACGAGAACGUUGGUGACUAUUUAAAGUAUUAAAUGUUAACGAAUCGAGGAUGAGGCAGUGACAAUGUAUUUCGAAUUGCCGGUCUCUCUGAUCGCGCAUCGCGCAAGAAGUGCAACGGUACAUUGCAAGGCUCAGUUGAAAACAGCUGCCGCUCUCGAUCAUGGAUCAAGACCGGAACGCAAUUCCGCCGUGUUAAGCCUGUAAUGAUGAUCUCGUGACCGAUCAUGAAAAUCGACGCAAUCGAGAAGAAGAAACGACGACCGAUCUAUUACGAAGAGCGCGAGACCCGCUGCGAAAGCUGGUAGCGUGGCACGACCAGCGGCAAAUCGCCUCCGUCUACGGAGUAAGUGAAAUCACGACGUCCCAGCCGGGGGGUGCGUGCUUAGGCGACGAGGGGCGGCUACUGGCCGAUGGGAUGCAUCUACCGGUGGGUUCCGUGGGCUGCGGGGAGAAUUACGGCACCGUUGGAUCUCACGAAGGCGCCGGCCCGUGCGGUCCCUCCCUGGCGCCGCUGCAAGGUGUAAACAGCAGGUACCACCAAGUAGACGACGCCGACGCCGGAGGUGGAGGCGGCGAAAUGAGCGAAAGUGCCGCCGUCGGCGAACUAUGGUGGACCGAAAGGCUCGUCGGCGAGGCCCAGGCUGAACAUCCUGGAGAACUGGUUAGAACAGGAUCGCCGUACUUUCUGUGCAGUCAACUACCGACGCACUGGCGAUCCAACAAAACGCUUCCGGUAGCAUUUAAAGUGGUUGCCCUCGGCGAGGUUGGCGAUGGUACUCUGGUGACAGUUCGUGCUGGAAACGACGAGAACUGUUGCGCCGAAUUGCGAAAUUCUACCGCGUUGAUGAAGAAUCAAGUUGCCAAAUUUAACGACCUCAGAUUCGUCGGCAGAAGCGGCAGGGGGAAGAGCUUCAGCAUCACCAUCACCGUGUCGACGACGCCACCCCAAGUGGCGACCUACACAAGGGCGAUUAAGGUGACCGUCGAUGGACCACGGGAGCCGCGAUCGAAAACGAGGCAGCAGCAUCAGCAAUUUCGCGCACUGGGCCUAGGACAAAGACCCUUCCUCGACGCGCCGACCUCGUUCAGGUCCCACCUGCGGGAACUCGAAUCCUUCGGGAGGAAUAAGCAUCACCAUCAUCACAGCAGCAGUCACUUACACGACCAGCAGACUGGCAACAACGUCACCACGAAUUCGGUUAGCGGUGCCUGCACCAACCCCAACAACACCGACCCGACCGCAUCGCCGGCUUCCAGUACACACCUCGGGGCUACUGGCGGCUCUUCCGUUCAUCAGGAUUGCUACAAGCGCAGUCCUCAGCACGGCGAUACGGGUAUAGGUACCUCCGACUGGACUUACCCAUCCACGGCACCGUCUUAUCCAGCUCCUCCAGUCAGCAGCAGUGGUUCAUACUCUCCUUUACCCGGCGGUGCAUUUUCAUAUCCAGGGGAAUCACUGUCGCAUCAUCCAACAACGGAGCCGGUGCCAUUACCAACCGUACUCCCUUCGGAAACUCAACAAGACACCUACACGCCGAAUUGCGUGUCCAUGUACUCAGGACACGGCACCUCGCCGACCACGUCCUUGCCCCUGGUGCCGACCAGACCCAGCGACCCUGACAUUUUUGCCGGCGGUGGCUCGGGCAGUGCGGGUAGCCCGGGUUACCAUUACAGUUCCUGGACACCUGGUCCGGCGACUCCGGUCCCAGUGGCUUCCCACAAUUACAACCCCAAUUAUCAAGGCUACUACAACAAUCCGGGUCAAAAUUACAUUACGGGUCCGACACCAAUGGUCCUCUACCCUCAGCUCUACAGCACAGUCAAUCAAAACCAAAUUCAUCUGCAUCUGCAUGGCGAUCUGAGCGAUGAACAGGUCACUAUAGCCGGUGGCAAUCUUACCAUCAGUAGCAUUCGAGAGAUCGGCGUGCUCGGCGAGGAGAGCGAGCAGAGAAACGAUGUGUGGAGACCAUAUUAAAAAGAAGAGGUUUGUGUUAAUAUAAUUGAAAUUGUCAAAGUGGCAUAUCAUGUGCGAAUUACAAUGCGUGAAUUUCCGAGUGUGGCAAUGCAAUUCCUAAUUAGUGCUCUAAUUAGUGCGACAUAUAAUAAAGACGGCAAAAGCUGUAGCAAGUACUUUCCGGAAGAAAGAUGUGCACAAGACAAUUCCUGUAUGAAUAACAAUAUAUCCUCGGGUCAUCCGCAGUUACAUAAAUUAUUGCGUCUUUAAGAACCCAGUUGGUGAAUGAUAUCCAGCGUUUCGUAGUGAUCGCGUGAUGUAUGAAAGUGAAAAUUAUUGACUCAUUCACAUUGAAUGAAUGAACGUUUUGAUGAAGUGGAACGAAAAAGACUUUUACUAAAAAGACUUUCUCAAUUUAUGAAAAAUCAACCAGUACUGGAAGAUUUCAUUACACAAAUCUAAUAAUGAGACUAAUCAAUGAGUGAAGAAUCGUCAUUGUGCGCACAACAGUGAAGAUACUUCAUAGUGAUCGCGUAUACGACAUUAUUGAUUAUUUAUGCUGAAUAUGAAACAACCUUUUCAUUAAAAAGAAAACUUCUUAAAAGAUUAACGAGUGUCUACAAUCUCGUUAAAUUGAUAAAACUAAUCAAUGACUGGAGAAUUGUUAUGUGCGUACAAGGCGGAGUCUUCAUCUUCAUUCGAUUGUUUCUUCGAACUAGUUGAGAAUCGAUCCUAUAAGCGCUACAAUAUUCCUAGAAUAUUAUACGAAUAUUAUUAAAAAUUAAAAUAAUAUUAAAAUAAUAUUCCGAGAAUAUUAUUCAAUAUUUUUGAUAUUAUUUUAAUAUUUUGGGUAU